AUGCUACCAAAACCAGGUGCAAGUCGAUUUGAUAGCUCCCUCGGUUUGUUGACGACGAGAUUCAUGACCCUGCUGCGCGAGUCGCCGAAAGGAACUCUCGAUCUAAACGAGGCUGCCGUCGCGCUGCUAGUGCAGAAGCGGAGAAUAUACGAUAUAACGAACGUACUAGAGGGAAUCGGCUUGGUUACCAAAGUUUCGAAGAAUAAAGUAGUUUUACGACACGUGCACUCCCAGCCUAGCUUGGCAGAAUAUGAGCACCAGGCGAAUGUUGCAUCCAACACAGUGGUUGAUGACAAGCUGGACCAGAUGAAAGAAAUCAUCCGCUCCAUUUUUGCUGAUACUCAACACGAGGCUGGAAUCUUUAUCCCUGAAAGUGAAAUGCUUGAAUGUGCUGCUUUAUCGCGUGCGAUGCUGAUCGCAACAAGUGCGCCCACUGGAACGACAUUGCAAGUCCCUAGCCCAUUUGGCAGUGAAAACCUAAUUCCACAUUACAGACUACUCCUCGCCACAGACGACGAGUACAGUGACGGGAUGCAAGUUUUUGUUCUUUCUUCUGAAACAAAUAAAUCUAGCUCGUCAGAGCGUGUACGUUGCGGAGAAUACGAAAAUCCACCCAUACCUGAGAUGUUGGGAAACAGAGCGAUGCAUGAGCCGCACCCGGAAAAAAAGUGCCACGAUGAUAGCUAUUGGUUUGUCGAGAAGGAAACAAAGUUGGAAGUCAACGUGAACGAACUGUACAAGACAAAUUAG